AUGGACAAAACAGACAAGUCUCCAUCCACGAUGGAUGUCAAUCUUGAGGCUACCUUGACGGAAGCAAGCAGGUCUGAGGGCCAGGUCUUCGAAAGAAUUGAGCUAAAGCAAGAUCGAUUCAGCACAUUGAGCUUGAUUGGCGUUCACUUCUCCAUUACUGCUGCUCCCAUCGCAGUCCUCCUGUAUUCAAGCCUUGUCACGGGGGUUGGUGGCCAGGUAUUCUGGACAGGCUCUCUAGCACCACCGAGAUGGGCCCGACUCUUGAGCUAUGUCGUUGGCAUGUUGACGACACUUGCAUGGACACUCGGUGCCGCAGGAGCAGCAGUAUACAGCGCCAACUUUUAUGUCGCGUUCGGCAUGGUCAUUAUCAGCUCAUAUACCCCGGAACUUUAUCAGAUAUAUGUUCUUUCAGCUGCAACGAUUAUAUUGGCCACCACCUUCAACACUCUCGGCGUCCGACUCCUGCCGAGUAUCAACAAGGUCAUGGUUGUUUUCCUUAAUUGUGCAGCAUUCUAUGUUUUUGUAGUACUGCUCGCCAAAACCUCCCCAAAGAACUCGGCGAAGGAUGCCUUUCUGAACGUCACCAACGAGACUGGAUGGUCAUCUGAUGGCUAUGUCUUCCUCUUGGGGUUCCUUCCGGGCCUUCUCACAAUGUCUGUCCCAGACGCCGCAUCACAUCUGGCGGAGGAAGUUCCCAAUCCAGAGAGAACAAUUCCACUUGUCAUGUUUGGUACGACCUGUCUCAACGGAAUUGGGGGCUUGAUUAUGGUCUUUGCGAUUAUCUUCUGCACCACUCAUCCUGAGAAUAUGUCGGAUCCACUGGGCCACCAGGCAGCCUUACAAGUUGCGGCCGAUGCCUGGGACAACCGCGGUUGGAUUAUCACUGUGACCUGUAUCAUGGUCGUCGUCAACAGCAAUGCUACCUCCGCGCUAUUGACGGGUGCUAGCCGUCUUCUGUGGGCAUUUGCGAGGACGGGGGGCUUACCAGCAGGCCGGAUCUUUGGGCGUACACACCAGAGCUUGCAGGUACCGGUUGUCGCCGUGGUCGCAUGCUCCACGCUUGCAGCUUCACUUUCACUUCUGGUCUUUGGGCCAUACACAGUGCUCAACGGUAUCUUCGGCAGUUCCAUCGUUUGCCUGAAUGUGACUUACUGGAUCCCAAUCUUUUUCAUGAUGAUAAAAGGACGGAAGACACUCCCGACGAAAAGGACCUUCAAUAUGGGCCACGCAGGGCCUUUUAUUAACGCCUUGGCUUUAGCAUGGUUGACAUUGACUGAGGUUACGCUAUGCCUUCCAAGCUACUACCCGGUCACCGCCAGCGGUAUGAAUUGGUCGCCUGUCGUGUUCAUUGGGUUGCUGCUGGCUACUUUCACGAAUUGGUUUGUCGUGAAGAGUAGAUAUGAGAUUCCAAAACCUAUCUACAUCGAACAACUACACGGAAACUGA